AUGGGGGUAUCUUGUUCGUGUCUGGUCGGUGUUUAUAGUGAUUUAGAGAGUGGUUAUGAAUCUGUCAUUUCAAAAUCGAUUAACCUUGGGGAUGUCGAACCAACGAUAGGGAUGGGGAAAAUGUUGACUGAAGGAUCUUUUAGCUUCAGGACAAGAGAAGAUAAAUGUGCAUGCCAAGAAAUGAUUAGUCCAGUUUCGAUAGAGGGAAUCCCACAGUUGACUGGAUCGAAACCUAGCAGCCCCAAACAUGAGGCUGCUGUAAAGUUGCAGAAAGUGUACAAAAGCUUCCGAACACGAAGAAAGUUAGCAGAUUGUGCUGUUCUUGUGGAGCAGAGCUGGUGGAAGCUAUUAGAUUUUGCCCAACUCAAGCAUAGUUCCAUCUCAUUUUUUGAUCUUGAGAAACACGAGACUGCCGUGUCACGCUGGUCGAGAGCAAGAACAAUGGCUGCCAAGGUUGGGAAAGGUUUAUCGAAGAACAGCAAAGCCCAAAAACUUGCUUUACAACAUUGGCUCGAAGCGAUCGAUCCACGACAUCGUUAUGGGCACAAUCUGCAUUUCUAUUAUGUGAAAUGGCUGAAUUCUCAAAGCAUGGAACCCUUCUUCUACUGGCUUGAUAUAGGAGAAGGCAAGGAGGUUAACCUCGUCGAGAAAUGUUCUCGAUCAAAACUUCAACAACAGUGCAUCAAGUAUCUUGGUCCGAUGGAAAGAAAGGCUUAUGAAGUUGUAGUGGAGGACGGAAAACUCUGCUACAAGCAAACAGGGGAGCUCCUGGACACCACUAUAGAACCAAAAAGUGCUAAGUGGAUUUUUGUCCUGAGCACCUCUAGAACAUUAUAUGUAGGCAAGAAAAAGAAAGGCACAUUUCAGCACUCCAGUUUCCUGGCUGGAGGAGCCACAUUGGCAGCCGGGAGGAUUGUUGUCGAAAAUGGAAUCUUAAAGGCAGUCUGGCCUCACAGUGGCCAUUAUCGGCCGACCCCAGAAAAUUUUCAGGACUUCAUAUCAUUUCUCAGAGAGAAUAAUGUGGAUCUCGCAGAUGUUAAGCUUGAUUCCAUUGAUGAUGAAGAAGAAGAAUCUGCGGGAAAGAAGGGAGGUUUAUUCUUGAGAAGUAACUCCUCCGAAGAAGACUUGGCUGAAAAGGAUCGAUUAGAGAUCGUAGAAAACAAUACUGAAGACUCCAUUUCGCAUAAAGUUGUAUCAAGAGGAGAAGAACAACAACAAGAAGGAGGAGAAGAAGAAGAAGAGACUCCUACGGCAGUAGAGAUGCCUGAAUCGAGAACAUCUCAUGACUUCAGUAAAAAACUUACUACUCUAGAAAUACCAAGCAAAGACGAUUUGUUGGAGACAUUAAAGAUUGAAAACAGGGUGGUAGAAUUAAAAAGUCAAAAUUUCUUGCCGGGAUCACCUAUGGGUGGCUAUGAAACGGCAGAAGAGUCUUUUGCUUCAAAGCCUCGUUCCGUCAAUCAAAAGCAUGACACGUCUGAUCAGGAACAUGAUGAGAGUAAUGAGGAGAUCAUUUCAGAAGAAUCAAUUCUCCAGAGGAUAAAUUCUUAUAAAGAUAUGAAGUCAUUUCAAUUAGGGAACAAAUUAUCUUGCAAAUGGAGUACAGGAGCUGGACCCCGAAUAGGAUGUUUAAGAGACUAUCCUUCGAGGCUCCAGUACCAUGCUUUGGAGCAAGUGAAUUUAUCCCCAAGAACUAAACGCCACUUAAGAUUAGACUCCCCUUCUCGGGAAUCAACACCGACCGGCUUUGGUAGGGAAACACCGACUUGUUCUAGCUCAUCUCCUCUAGACAAAUCGAAUCUUUCUCAUAAUAGCAGUCACCGUUCUAUGACGCAGUCCUCCCUUUCUGUGAAGGAACUUACUGAGGCUUUGUCUGGGAGAAAUUUUCAAACCAAAUUUAGUUGCUGA